AUGGAUCAGGUGUGGAGUGCGUGGUGUGGGAAGUUCGUCAAAGAUAAAAGCUUGUCGCCCCUCUGGGCACAGCGCAUCGUAGUCGCCUGGCUCAGUAAGGCCGAGUGGGAUCAGGUGACGGUGUAUCUGUUCUGUGAUGACCAUAAAUUGCAGCGGUACGCACUGAACCGCAUCACAGCCUGGAGGAGCAGGUUAGGCAACGAACUGCCCCUGGCAGUGGCUUCUACUGCUGACCUGGUUCGCUGUAAGCUGGUGGAUGUAACUGGUGGCUUGGGCACUGAUGAACUUAGACUGCUCUAUGGCAUGGCAUUGGUCAGGUUUGUGAAUCUUAUCUCGGAGAGGAAGACAAAGUCUGUCAAGCUCCCCCUCAGGUUCCUGGCUCAGGAGGUGAACAUCCCGGAUUGGAUUGUUGAACUUCGCCAUGAGUUGACUCACAAGAAAAUGCCUCAUAUAAAUGACUGCCGUAGAGGUUGCUAUUUUGUUCUGGAUUGGCUCCAGAAGACCUACUGGUGCCGCCAACUGGAGAACAGCCUGAGAGAGACCUGGGAGUUGGAGGAGGAGAAGGAAGAGACAGAUGAAGACAACCAAGAGGAAUCAAAGAACAUUGUUGAUGACAUCACAGAACAGAAACCAAAGCCUACGGAUGAAGGGAAAGGUGCAGAGCUGGAUGUCAGGGCUGGUGGAGACAACACAGGUGACAAAGAGAUUGAUGCACAUUGGGAGAAGUCUCAGAGACAAAAAGAGCUGUAUGAAAGAGCCCGAGAACUACUGGUAUCAUAUGAAGAGGAGCAGUUUAAGGUACUGGAGAAAUUUAGGUAUUUACCUCAGGCCGUUAAGGCAUGGAAUCAACUGCUCCCGCCUGUAGACUGUAUCCUGGCAGAACUCAAGGGCAUUACAUUCGAGAACAGGGAAGCUGUGCUGGAUGCUCUUCUAGAUGAUGGCUUUCUCAUCCCCACAUUUGAGCAGUUGGCAGCUUUGCAGAUAGAGUAUGAAGAAAACGUGGACUUCAAUGAUAUCCUGGUACCAAAGCCGUUCUCUCAAUUCUGGCAGCCUCUGCUCAGGGGCCUGCACUCCCAGACCUUCACACAGGCCCUGCUAGAGAGGAUGUUCUCCGAGUUGCCAGCUUUGGGGAACAGUGGAAUCCGGCCCACCUACCUCCUCAGAUGGACGGUUGAACUGAUCGUGGUUAACACCAAGACUGGACGGAAUGCCCGCCGGUUUUCUGCAGUCCAGUGGGAGGCAAGAAAGAGCUGGAGGCUAUUCAACUGCUCUGCAACCCUUGACUGGCCCUGGGUGGUUGAGUCUUGCUUGCGUUCACCUUGCUGGGCCAGCCCCCAUCUCCUUCAGCUCAUCUUCAAAGCCAUGGGACAGGUCCUGCCAGAUGAGGAUCAGAAGAAGCUGAUGCAUAUCUGUUCCAUUUAUACCCAGAAUGGAAAAAACAGGCCGGUGGAGGAGGGCUCAGAGGCUUCCCCUAUUGGAAAGUCUGCAUACACAUUGGACAGCCUGUAUUGGAGCCUCAGACCCUCUGGCCCCAACUGUAGGCCUGAAGGAGAAGCUCUGCAGCAGGAGACGGGUGACCUUAAUGAUGUCAAGGAAGAUGAGAUAGAGGAGAGUGAGGUCUUGGAAGACCAGGUAGAAGAGGAAGACGAGGAAAAUGAUUACCAAGAGAAGUGGGAGGAGGAGGAGGAUGAAGAUGAUGACGACGAAGAUGAUGAAGACGAGGAGGAGGAAGACAGAAUGGAGUUCGAUACUUUGGAGGAAGAGUCCCCCACUAUUGAGAAUGCCAUGCUUCUGGCCCAUAAAAGAGGAGCACUGCAGGGUUCUGCGUGGCAAGUUAGCUCGGAAGAUGUGCAGUGGGGCUCCUUCCCCAUAGGCCGAAUGCCAGGUCAGACCGAGGACCCAGCAGAGCUUAUGCUGGAGAAUUACGACACCAUGUAUCUUUUGGACCAGCCUGUGCUAGAGCAGCGGCUAGAACCCCCAACACACAAGAUAGGCAACCUGGGCCUGAGCUGUGGCACCGAUAAUGGCAACUGUAGCAACGGCAGCAACAACUUGGAGGGCCUUCUCUGGAGCCAGGUUCAGCUGCACAGGCUCAAAACUGGUCUGCAGCUCUUCUGA